AUGUCUCUUGCAUAUUUGGGAGUACCCCAGUUUUAAUAGUUAAAGUAAAUAAAAAAUGCUGCUUAAAGAGAAUCUCUAUCAAACAUGAAUAAAUCUCUGGAGAGGAGCACUGACUCCGCUUUCUCCACACCAAGCAAGGAAGACGAUGACCUUCACAAUGUUUCUGAUACUUUCUACACCAGCCAGCGCAAGGGUAGCCACGUAUUUCGUGUGCGUCUGGAUGCUACAGGAUUCACUCUACAACGCGAAUCUCCCAGUGGUGUCACGAUCAAGGAGCAGAAGGUCAAAAUAUGUAAUAUUAUCGGAGCACGCUGCAUGCGCAUGAAAAAGUCGCAUCGAAAUCUGGCAGGUUGCGCCUGCGUCAAUCCGGGUACUCCAGCUGCGGGCUCUGGUCGCAAGGGCACGCCCAGCAAGUGUAGCAUGACCAGCAAGGAAGAGAAUGCAACCGAAGUGGGCGACGGCAGCGCCUAUUUGUACUUGUUUGCCUAUGUGCUGAAGAAGAAGAGCCUUCGCAGCAGCCUGCACAGGGAGCGGACGGUGCUGACGCUUCGGUUUCGAUCCUUUGAUACGUUCGAGGAUAACAUGCGAGAGGCUGAUCGCUGGUAUCGCGCCUUGCGCUGGCAGUUGCAUCAAACGCUGGAGCCCAUCUUUGUAGAAAGUGUGGGCGAGCCGCGGCGUCGCCGAAUUGUGGUACUCCUCAAUCCCAAGUCCGGCUCUGGCAAUGCACGCGAGGUAUUCAAUACGAGUGUCGCACCGAUUCUCAACGAAGCCGAAGUACCUUACGAUUUGUUUGUAACGAAGCAUUCCAACUAUGCAAUCGAAUUUAUGAGCACUCGCCGCCUGGACGAGUGGUGCACCAUCUUAGCCGUUGGCGGCGAUGGCCUGUUCCACGAGAUAAUCAACGGACUGCUCUGCCGCGCUGAUUGGGCUCAAGUGAUGGACAGCCUUGCCCUGGCCAUUAUUCCAUGCGGCUCUGGCAAUGGCCUGGCACGCUCCAUUGCGCAUGGCUACAAUGAACCAUACUUCAGUAACCCUGUACUGGGUGCCGCUCUGACAGCCAUCAGUGGUCGAACCUCGCCCAUGGAUGUGGUGCGUGUGGAGAAUAAAAAUCGCGUCAUGUUUUCUUUCCUGUCGAUAGGCUGGGGCCUCAUCUCGGACGUGGACAUUGAGAGUGAAUGCAUCCGGAUGUUUGGCUACCAACGCUUCACCAUCUGGACACUCUAUCGAUGGGCCAAUUUGCGCACCUAUAAUGGCAAGAUCAGCUAUUUGCUGGCCGAUGAGGCACAGGAGCCGCUGGAAACGCCGCUGCUGCAGUCAGAACAGAUGCGAAAGAUGCAAUCCAGCCGCAGCUGCACUUUGCAUAUCGAUAAACUGUCCAAUGCCAGCAAUCACCGCUCCAUGGAGUUUUUGCCACAAGAAUUCGAGGAUGUCAUUUCGCUGGAGACUUCCAUCAAUCAAUCAUUCCGCUCGCGCUGCGACAGCUGGCUGUCGGGCGGCUCACGACGCAGCUGCUAUUAUUCCAUAUCAGAGAGUAUCUAUCACAGCGUGGCAGAUGACAGCGAAUUCACUCAACCUUCGAUUUCGGCGGGCACUAAAUUAGAGCAAGGCUUUCCCAAUUUCGGCCCAGGUAGUAGCUUACCGGGACUUGACGAACCAUUGCCCGAGGAUGCGGGCUGGCUGGUGGAGGAAGGCGAAUUUAUUAUGAUGCACGCCAUCUAUCAAUCUCAUCUCGGCAUCGAUUGCCACUUUGCUCCCAAAGCCCAAUUGAACGAUGGCAAAAUAUUUUUAGUUUUGAUUCGCGGCGGCAUCAGCCGUCCGCACUUGCUCAGCUUUCUUUACAACAUGAGCUCGGGCAGUCACCUACCUGAGAAAAACAACCAGUUUAUAAAGGUGCUACAGGUACGCGCAUUCCGCUUGGAGCCGUGCGAUAAUCACGGCAUCAUCACCGUCGAUGGCGAACAAAUAGAAUUUGGUCCACUCCAGGCAGAGAUACUGCCAGGCAUUUCUCGUGUCAUGAUACCAAAAUAAGAACAAAUGAAUAUGUGUUUCCAGCAACGAUCAUACAUUCAAGCAAUAACUAAUCAGUAAUGGGAAUCUCUGCAUUUGAAUAAGUAGGUGUAGUUAAAUAUUUUUUAUUAUAUUGGGCUGUGUGCGUCACGGUGGAUGUAUGCACAAGAGUA